GCUUGCUCCUCAUGCUGCUCGGCUCCGCUAUGGCUGUCAUAGGUUACUACGCAGACACACUGUCGGUGGCACAAGAGAUACGCGGCAACGCAACGGUGUCAGUCAAAGAUGAGGCCAGAGGGUUUCAUCUGAACAACCUUUCAUAUGCAGGACCUAUUGUCAUGGGAUUUGGAGGUUUCAUAGUAGUGGCAGCUUGCGUGAUGACAUUCGAGGCGCGGGACAGCGCGGCCAAGGUGACGCCGGCGCGGCCGCAGACACUGCCCCGCCCGCUACCCCGGCGCGGCCCGCCCUGCGCGGCCGGCGCGCCCGCCCGCCUCGACCAACUAGGUGUAUACCGCCUGCCACACGCGCUACCACUGCCACUGCCACUACCACACGCUGUGCCACUACCACCCAUACAUAGAACGCGCCCCGCACAUCUCUGCUCCAGAGGGGGUGAGAAGGCGCGCGAGCGAGCCCGCUUCGGUUCGGCGCCGGACUUGCGAGGCGGAGGCGCUCGCCCGCUGCUGCCGGUGAGUGCGCUACGCCGCCCGCUACGCCGCUACGCGCUUUCCGUAGACGAACCGCCGCAAUCUGCCGUCAGGUACUAA